UUCAUUCAAGGUUCAUUAUGUACAUCAAUGUUACUAUAUAUGGAGCGCUGGUAUAGUACUGCCUGGACUCCGGAGGGUCCUCGCUGUCCAAAGUCUAAAUUGAUAACUACUUUAUUCCUAGUACGGUGUUCCAAAAAAACGGGCUACUGACCACUCUGCACCAAGUCCGAACAGCUACUUCAACUGUGACUCCUCGACAGAAGAACCUACCAGCGUCACUAGCAUGACAAACGGUCCUCCGCCCUCCCAAGCAGGUCCCUCCCAACCAUCUGAAACGUCAGCACAACAGCCGGCUCAUAUAGUCCCCGUUCCAGCGUCUAGCACGACUUCGCAACAGACUAUAACAGCAGGUCCUUCCUCGCAGCUUCAGCCUGUACAAUAUGGGCCUGCAACUCAAGGACAGAAUCCUCAAGGCUACUACGCGAUGAGCUACACACCCGGUGGAUGGCAAAACGCGUGGCAGGUCCCCUCUUACCCGUACAUCGCGUCCGGUAGUGUAUCAGGCCAGCAGACACACUACACUCAGGUUCCCUAUCCUCAAUAUCAACCUCCUGCUGUGACCUACCAGCCGCGUCAGAGGACCAAGGUUGUGCAAAAACCACGUUCACCGACCCCAGAGCCUGAAUUACAUCGUCACUGGGAUGAGGUGAUACGGUCGUUCUUGAAGAAGGUUGGGAUGAAUCAGGCUUUGAAGGGGUUUGAGGAUGACAUGGUAGUUAUGAAUGCGGAGUGGGAAAGGCAGAAGGUUCCUGGUGCUAUUGGAGAUUUAAUGAAGGAUCUUAUGAACUUGGGCAAACCGAAAGGUAGCGAAACACUCUCAGAACGACCACUGGAGGAGCGAAAGCUCGAUUAUGUUCAUCUCUCUGGCAGCGCAAAGCCCCAGUCUCAGACAUCAAUAACAAGGUCAAUAUCCCAAUUUCUCGCGCAAAAUCGCGCGAGGAAUGACGCCUCUAAUCGUACAGAGUUUCUUGAAUCUCUCGCCCAAAAACGACGGCGAUUAAAUCUUGAUCCAGACAGUACCGAGCCCAUACCGUCCUGCGCACGAACAGAUGCAAAGCACCUUGACCGCGACGUGCAGAUGAAAUACGAUAUUGCAAAGAAUGAAGAUGGACCUCUCCGACGAACCAUGAAAGGUGUCGCCGGCGAUAAGGGCAGUCAGAAAGAGCUUCUUGCGCUCAAUGAUGACGCAGAAGGCGAACAGCAACCUGCAACGGACCAACGGGUGAAGAAUAUUGAAGAACAUCUUGCCGUUCGGUAUGUCCCUGCUCCACCACGAACGCUCAUGUCCCGCCUCCGACUGCUUGAGGACCAUCUCCUGCAGCUCGAGAAGGAUUACCCGCCGUGGGCUGCUUUACAUUUCAACCAGCCAAAUCGCGGUUGGCCUCCACCUCCGCGCCACACACCAAUUAUAGUUCCUUCGCACAUUACAACAACAAGGGAGUCUAAGACUGAUGCUUCACAACAGGAGCUAUCAUCUUCUAGCCCUACCGAGGACACGCCACACACAAAGGUGAAGAACAAAAGUAAAUCUAGUUUGCACCGAGCUGUGAUGGAGAAAUUGGAAAUACAAAAGGCGAUGAGUGAUCUUGCUGGGGUCCGCAAGUCCAAUUGACAAUGGCUAGAUCUCUGUUGAAGGCUUAAUGGGCGUAACAUUACCUUGUUAGAAACAUCCAGGGACACGUUCAGCGUAUUUGAUCCGCAGUAAAUGGCGUCCCUGUCGCUCUCGUACAUUAUUAGUAUACACCUAAUAGUAGUAUGGUGUUCUCUGAAUCACUGAUUCCGCAGCCAGUAUCCCCUUUCUCCCCGUGGGUCAAAAAUAAACAGGAGAUCUAACAUUUGGUCAAA